UACGACCGCGUCGGCUGCCAUUUUGUUUUUAUGAAUAAUUUCGCAAAAUAACAUCUCGUUCUUUUGCAUGUAAAGUAGAAAAACUAAAUAAUAAAGCGAAAAUAGACAGUAAAAAAAAUAACGCAUUUAAAUCGUAUGCGUUUUUACAUAUAAGUGAUAUUAUUCAGUGGGUGUUUAUAUAAAAUAACCUAACCGGAGUUCAGUUGUGUAUUGUUAAUUUGUAAAGUUAAAACAUGGUACGUGGAUCUGGUCGUGGCCGCGGCAUGCCUGGGAGAGGCGGUAUGGGUCGCCCUCCGUUUAAUAGGCCUCGCGUUUUAAUGCUGAGGCCUCCUUUCGACCUAAUACUUGCUGAACCGGCGUUUCCUAGAUGCAAACCCGUACCGGACGAUUCAGCUCUUACUCAGGCUCUCCUGAAAAGACAUGCAGAACUCUGCCCGACUCCAGCGGAGCAGUCCGCAGUGCUGAGCCUUGUCACAAAGCUGCAGACGGUCCUUGACAACCUUGUUGUGGCACCCGGUGACUUCGCAGCUUGCCAGUUGGAGGAGGUUCGUCAAGUAGGCUCGUACAAGAAGGGUACUAUGAUGGCUGGGAAGAAUGUAGCUGAUAUUGUUGUUAUAAUGAAGACUCUGCCCACUAAGGAGGCGGUUGAAGGACUUUCUAACAAGGUAAACGAAGAGCUGAACAAGUUGAUGCGCGCCGAGGGAGGUACCACAGUGACCACAGCGAGCCACGAGCGAGGGUUCACGGUGACGGCGGCCAGCGCGGCCGUCAGGCUGCUGGUCACCACUCUGCAUCAGAAUCUGAGGAAACUUGAGCCUGAGGUUCAUCUUGACUACAAAGUUAUAAGCAGUCACUUGGCCGCCAUCCGUCACAGCCGCUGGUUCGAGGAGAACGCACAUCAUUCCUCAAUUAAGGUGUUAAUCCGUCUUUUACGCGACAUGUGCUCGCGGCACGCCGGUCUCGAACCCCUGACCCCGUGGAUGAUAGACCUGCUUGCUCACCACUGCAUCAUGAACAACCCUGCCAGACAAGCACUGCCCAUCAAUGUCGCUUUCAGACGCGCGCUGUCGCUGCUGGCGGGCGGGCUGUUCCUGCCGGGCUGCAUGCCUGUGUUUCCUUCCUCCCCCCCCUCACUAGCAGCCACCACAACACUGCUCCCACUAGCCCUGCCCCAGUAACCCCCGCCCGCUCCUCAGACGCGCGCUGUCGCUGCUGGCGGGCGGGCUGUUCCUGCCGGGCUGCAUGCCUGUGUUUCCUUCCUCCCCCCCCUCACUAGCAGCCACCACAACACUGCUCCCACUAGCCCUGCCCCAGUAACCCCCGCCCGCUCCUCAGACGCGCGCUGUCGCUGCUGGCGGGCGGGCUGUUCCUGCCGGGCUGCAUGCCUGUGUUUCCUUCCUCCCCCCCUCACUAGCAGCCACCACAACACUGCUCCCACUAGCCCUGCCCCAGUAACCCCCGCCCGCUCCUCAGACGCGCGCUGUCGCUGCUGGCGGGCGGGCUGUUCCUGCCGGGCUGCAUGCCUGUGUUUCCUUCCUCCCCCCCCUCACUAGCAGCCACCACAACACUGCUCCCACUAGCCCUGCCCCAGUAACCCCCGCCCGCUCCUCAGACGCGCGCUGUCGCUGCUGGCGGGCGGGCUGUUCCUGCCGGGCUGCAUGCCUGUGUUUCCUUCCUCCCCCCCUCACUAGCAGCCACCACAACACUGCUCCCACUAGCCCUGCCCCAGUAACCCCCGC